GGCAGUGCGCGGCCGCCCGCCCGCCGUACGUGCGCACACGCGUUGGGCGGCGCUAACGAUCAAUUAAAUAUCAACAGUUUUAAAUUAUAAUAUUAAUACAUUGAUUCAAUAAUACGAAAAAAUCUUAAUUACUAAUUAAUCCUCUAAUUUAUUGAAAUUUCAAAGUAUGGGAAAAGCUUUAAAAUAGUUUAACUACAGUGUUAAGUGAGUGUGUGUAGUGUACAAAUACAAAGUGUUAUGUGAUAGAUAAUUCAUGUCCAAAUAUUUAUUACCGUAUUAAAUGAUUGUACCAAUAGAUAUCGCGGUUAUAUCAAAAUGCAUUCCGUUAUAAAUUGUCGUGCCUCGCCACCGGACGAUGCACGUGUUUUUAUUUUCAUUUAUAAAUAGUCCAGACACAAACCGACAGUCUGCGGCUGCACCAUGACGUCACUGAAGGAGAAUAGUGACGUCAUCGACGGCCCCGCAGAAGAAGAGAAGAUUAGUAAAAAUGAACGAAAAGAGCCGAAAGAUUUGGCGGAGUUGCCUCCGAGUGGCACCUCCCUCCAUAAGAGGCGGAGAGGAGAGCCCCCGGCCACUCUUUCCGUCAAGACUCCGCAAACCCCUUCCGAUGCGGAGGGGUCCUCUCCCUGUACGGCGGGACCAUCACCCCCUGAAGAGUUCUGGUCCCUCAUUGAUGGAGACACUCCAGAUCCUGAAGCGUUUUGCGAGAGCAUGCUGAACAGACUAAAAGAGCAGAACGAUGCCAUAUCUAGAAGGGGAAAAGAAGUAGCGCAGAAAACUAAAGGCACUCUAGAGGCUCUGAACCAGCUGGAAAAACUGUUAGAAUUGUUAGAUCAGUUCGUAUCUCUGAAAGAACAUAAUUCUCGUCUCUUGAGAAGAUUGAAGGACGUUAAUCAUUUGAAGAGGCUCCACAGUGCUCACAAAAAGAUAGACGCUGAAAAUGAGAGACUCAGGUCGGAGAGCAAAGAACUAGACCUUAUCAAUGAGGCUUUUGAUGCUGAAUUUGAAUGGGAAUAUGGUCAAAUGCUGUUUGACUCCAUGAUCGUAGGGAACCGGCCUAUGAAGAGGUCAGGGUCGAAGUGGAAAGGUCAUGCGCGGUUUGGAGGCUCGUUGCUACGGAAGCAGAGGUCCAGGUCUGCGGGAGGGGACGAGAGUGAUGCAGCCCCUGGUACCCCUUUCAGGCGAAGAUCUGAGGGUAUUUUUAUGAAGGAAGUCGACAAAUCCAAGGUUUCCAAGUGGACAAGAGUCAAAGCAGCUUUUAGAUGGGAGAAAGCCCAAUGGCCGCAAUCUGCCAUGGGUGGUGCAGCCAGCGCCGUGGCAGCCGGCGCCAUGGUGGGGGCGGUAGCUUUAGCCGGAUCCUCUCCAUCAACCGCCACCCUCACCAACCCCGAGCCCCGGGACUCCGCAAGCCUCACCCCUGGCAGUGCACUGUCACUGACUCCUAACUCUUCGUGUGAAGAGCUGAGAGUGGAUUCUGGUAUGCGCAAGAGUGUGCGAGAGGAUGGCGACAACACAUUCCUGCAAGCUCCUACGCAGGACGACAGCUCCACAUCCCCAUCGCCAAACAAGCUCCACAAAAGCACCUGGUGGAAGAUGAGGGAUAUCAUCACGAACAUUGACAAGUCCCAUCGGGAGUCCGUCAAGAAGAAGACGACGUCCAACCGGGGCUCCAAGAGUUCUCCUGACGUGGUGCCGAAGAGACGAAGGUCGCUCAGUGAUGGGGGAGACAGUGAUGCGCCACCAGCUCUCACUCUCACCAUACCGUCGUCUGAAGAGCUGGAAUCCGAACCCUCCCACCCCGUACUUCGCAAGCAGCGAUCCCUGGAGCUGGGGGCCAGGCCUCCCCAGCACAGACCCCCAAGGGCUUCCAAGUGGACCAAGGUUAAGAGGGCCUUCCUGACUUCCGCGUCCGCUUCUGUCCCCUCAAGCCCCAACAGGCAUUCUGCGUUCUUCACUGAUGCAGACAACGAGGGCCUGAGCAGCGGAUGUGAUUCGAGUGGUGUGCGCCAGGAGAUAGCUCGGGACUACGCCGCACUGCAGUCGCGACUGAGAAGAGAGUUUUCUGACAGGCGCGGGAAACUGUAUGCUGCAACUCGACCCGUAGCCACUGAAGAGCAGUUGUCUGCGGAUUUUCGGAAGAAGCUUGCAGAGUGGCAGCUUAAGAAGGGAGUCAAGCAACCUCUGCCAAUACCGGCCCGACAGGAUCUGAGCGACGACUUCCUUAAGAAAUGGGAUGAAUGGAGACGCAUGAAAGAAACAAAUUCAGUUCCAUCAUGGGGGGAGGAAGUCAAACCUGAUGAAGUAGAGGUUCAAACUUCAACCGGGCUCUUUAAGUUUCAAGGUAUUUCACGCUCCUUCACACGUAAGCUUCAUGAAUGGGAGAAGUCUCAAGGCAUCAAGCCUGAAGCGUCCACAUCAGCUCUUCUCCGCGCCGCCAGAGCUCGGAAUACCAAGAUCCCACAAGCAACUCUCACCAGGACCCAGUCUGAUGGCAGCGUAGCGCCAUCUACCGCUGGGUCUGGUAGACUACAUGCUUCCAGUCUUAGUGUAAACGAUGCCGAUGAUUUCGAUUCAGAAUACGAUAGAGAAGAGAAUUCUCUUGAUGGUGCCGAUGAAUGUGACGGCUCAGAGACUCGUGGAGCAGUUCUCGUCGAAGUGGAGGCUGAAGAGGUCUGCACAGCUGCUCCACUGAUGGCCGUGUCUCCCCGCCACACUCCUCAGAAGCCGGUGUACACGUAUGGACAAGCAGAAGCCAGGCUCCUGUGCGAAACCAGCUCGGCUGUCACUGGGACUGCAGUCUUACAGCCAAAUGGCGCCGUUAUUCUUUCAGACGCCCGCAGCGUGAAGUCGGGAGCUCGCCCAAAGAUCCGUGAACAGAAUAAACACGGAGAAAAGAACAGAAAAAAGAUUAUGAGACAACCGAGUAUAGAAGAAGACGCCAUGUUCAUCAGAAAAACUAUAGAAGAAAUAGAAAGAGGAAGCUCUAAUCGUUUCAAAGAUAAAGACACAACGGAUAAUGAAAGUCGUCAUAAAAGUCCAGAUAGAGAAACGCCAAUAAUUCACACACACACCGUAGAAAUUGAAAGAGAUUAUAGUCCAAAAGUAACUAGACAUGAAAAAGAUAGAAAUAUUGAUACCAAAGAUAGGGAUAGUUUUGAAGAGAAAGAUGAUAGUAAGCGAAAAGAUACUGAUAAGGCAAAUGGUAAGAAGAAAUCAAAAUCUAGAGCUAGAUUAGAGAGGGAGCAAUCUAAACCUUCUGAAAGUGAUACGGAACCGGAUGUAGAUACGGUUACAGUUGAGAUACCAAGAAGGCGCAAGCGGCCGCGGAGGGCAUCAGAAAAGCCGAGGACACCACCGACGUCUUUACACUCGGAUUCAGAAGGAGAGGUCUUUGUCCUUAAACUCAAAGCACCAGAACAACGCGACCACUCUCCAGAAGUAAUUGUCAAAACGACUCGCAAAAUAUUCUCACCAGUCGUCCGCAGUGGCGAGUCAGUGCCAAGAGCUGUUAUACCAGUAGACGUGGAAGACCUAGCCGAAGUCAGACCUUCAGAACACAGCCACCGAAAUGAGGUCAAGAAGAAGGAACCUAAAGCUGAGAAAGGGAAACAGGAGAAAAGCACUCGAUCUAAAAGUUCUGGUGAUCUGCAAGAAGUUGAGGAGUUGAAGAAGAGGACCAGACCACCUCUGCCGUCGUCGCCAUCGUCACAGAGGAAGCCACAGCCUAAGGAAACAGCACCUUCCAUUCGGAUUAUGAUCCAGCGAUAUAAUAAGAAAAUAAACGAAGAUGGUCAUACUUCUGGAGCCAGCAGUGGGGCAUCGUCACCAGCCUGGCGCUCACCUUCCACAGAGAGACGAAGACCUCCUGAUAUGCCCGUUGGUGUAAACAUCAGAAAUAAUCCGUUCCUCGAAAGGGAAGUCCAGAAAUCAGCAAGUGCUUGCCAGCUAUCCCGACGAGAUCCAACAUCAGCAGAGAAGCGACUCACGCCAAUACUCUCCAGCGGGCACGACGGAGUCCUCAAAUCUCACAGCGCAAACGCUUUGCACCCUGAAAAACCUACAGAAAUCCCGGUACAGAAGAAGAUAGAAGACAGUCAAGAAACUAUUAUACCAACAGCUAGUACUGAUACUAUAGUACCAGAUUUGACCAAGAAUCUACCUUCCACGUCCGAAUCGCUUCCUGCAUUAAGACACGUAUCAGACACAGCUGUUCCAACAUUUAGCAGCUUCAUGUCCGGGAAUCCAGGGUUAUUUGGGAGGUCGAUAUCGACAGUAGAACCUCCGACCACGUUUUUGGAUUACGAUGCCACAACUGCCACUUUGUCAGAGAGGGCUGCGAAGAUAAGGGCGGCGAGGGAACGGUUCCUGUCUUCGACGGUGCCCAUGAGGAGGGAGGGCACCAGCUCGGCGAGUGAUUUGAGACCUGGAGACAGAUCGAGCCGUAUAAGCUGCGAGAGUGACGUGACGGAGUCCCAGGGGUCAGGGUCUCAGGAGGCAGGCGCUUUGGGCAGGAGUGCUUCCACCGGCAUGGUCAAUGUGGACAGAGAAGCCUGGCAGAGAGUAGCCGAUGAAGGUCCUCGCCGCGAGGGUCGCUCCCGCUCCCGCUUCUGCCUGAGCCGGCUGGCGGCGCGGCUGCGGCGGCGCGACGACGGUGGCGCCGUGUCCCGCCUGUGUCGCCAGAGCUUGCUAGUCCAACUCAUUAACAAACAUUAAAUAUACCUGUACGCGUUGCAAA